AUGAUGAACCCAAGCAAUAGAAUCCUCUUCGUCCUACUGAUACUGGAAUGUUUGGUAGCUGCUUGCUGCUUCACCCCUUUGCUACCGGCAGCGUUCACUCUUCCUCCAAGCAGAAUACAACGACGACCGUGUGGUCGGCCAACAAUCACUCGACACCGAGCGUCAUACCCUGUCAGUGACAAUGAUGGCGGCAAUAAUAAUAAGGUAUCGGUACUGGUGGAACGACGAGUGGAGAACUGCUCCUUUACGCCAUCUGCAGCAGUGGAUACCUGGUUGGAGCAACAUUGGAAAAAGGGAGGCGGAUUGCCCAUUCUCAUUUGGAUUGGCAACAACAAAAACAACAGUAGUAGUGACCAUGAUGAUGAUGAUCAAAGUCGAAAACGAACCAUCCUUCCAGUGGGAAUGGAAGAGACAUAUGAAUGGAGUAGUCAAGACGAGAACUCAACCGAGAGCGCCCAGAUAUCGUAUACUGUUUCCAACUCGGGUCCCUUCUUUGCGGACCUGGUUCCCAAUUCACAUCGAGGGACCGUCCAGUUCUUCACACAAGAAGAAGAAGUAGAGCAAUCCACCACACUUUUGAUGAAGUGGCAAGUGGAAUUUGAGACGACACGAUUUCGAGAUAUCUAUCAGGCAGUGACCGACUUUACCAUUCACGUGGCGGCUCGCACGGUAGCCGAAGCCUUGGCGCCUGGUCGGGUCCUGCGUGUGGAAUCCACUUUGCAGGUACCUGCCUCGUCUAUUGACGACCACAAGCACAGUGCCGCUCGACAUGCGCUUCGAGAAUGGCUCGAAUUCUUUUGGGCCCGUGGCGGUGGACUUCCGUUGCCUCCUCCCAUUCCAUUUGGGCCCGUCUUGGAAGAAGGGGGAGGCACGGCGACAGCCAGUAUUUUGCGGGUACCUCCUCUCUUGGUCGAUACCGUGCUUUCGAUACGCGACAACAACAAUGGUGGCGCUCUGGAAGCCAUCUAUCAGAUUAAAAAUCCUGGAUGGACAACCAUUCCCUUUUUGAUUCAUACCCAUUUGGGACGGGUUCGGUUCGUGGCUCUCUCCAAUGAUUAUGCUGACAACAAUGACGGCGACGACGACGGCAAGUCAUCAGCAUCAGCAUCACUGGUGACUAUCAUUUGGGAAAUCCAAGUCCGACCCUUUCCUCUAGUGGCACCCCCGGUAGAAAAACUUUUGGAGAUGACUGCGACCACCAUUGUUCGAAACCUUGCCGUUCACAUGGUGGAACCAGAUGCGCAAGUGACUUUGCAACCACCUCGAGGGAAAUCCAUUGAUCUUGGUGGUGGUACUGUCAAGGUGGACCGAUUGGGAUCCAUUCCCAAGGCCAGCUGGUUGGGAGGAGUAUUGGAUGCACAUGUCAAAGAUCAAAGCUCUGUAGUAGAUCAAACGCUGGCGCUCUUCCAGCCUUGGACAUGGGGUUGCGCCAAGAAUGCGGGCAGUGAGCAAGACGCGGUUCAAGUACAAUGGACGUCGGGGGAGAUGGAAGAGUGA